CUGGCGCUACGUGCAUCCUACGCAGCAGCAAAACCGACGAGGCAAUUAGCUUCAGACCAAAGAGAGUCGAGUCAACCGCAACAUCGCAACCAACAUCGCAACAAAGCUAAUAAACGACAAGGACUCAAGAACAAACCAACCCCUACCCUGCUCCUCUUGUGAUAGUUGGGUGCUCGCAUAACAAACCAAACAGAAGUGGUAGUAGUCGAAGUCGAGCUUUCCAUUGUAGGAGGUACAUCGUCUACGACAGCUCCACAACAAAAAGAGAACCUCUGAACCUUGCGCUUACACCGCGACAAGCAAGCAACAAGACCGUCCAAGGGACCAGAAGGCACAACAUCAUCACAUAUUUCGACCAUGGACAGCGAGAGUCAUAACCCAAGGAAGCGGAAGCGAGAAGCUGAAGUAUCGGCUGAAGCCGAAGCUCGCGCCCAUAGAGGCCACGCCGCCACCGUCUCCAGUCCACAUCAAGACAGGAGUGAAGAAGAAGGCGACAAGCUGGCGUAUGUACGUAGUGUGCUUGCUCAGUAUGUCGCGAUCUAUGGCGAUGAUACGAGCAGCAACGAAGAAGGCUGUACAGGCAACAACCGAGGCGGCGCUGUGGAAGAAGGAGGCAUGGGCAGCGUGAGCUCCAACAAUGAUGGGACCAGCCGUGUAUGUGGGAGCGACGAUGGGCGAGCAAGCUCUCCUUCGGGGAAGAACAACGAGGCGGGAGAAAGCGCCAAGACAGAUGAAGGGGACCAGACACCGGAGCCCAAAGAGAAAGGCCGAGGUCCAGUAAAAGCGAGGAGCGGACGGGUGGUGAACACGGGACCGCACAAGUUGUCUUUCGGAUCUGUAACAGGCAGUGAUGCAACCUCGUCAAACCAGAAGACGUGUGAAGCAGUAUCAUCACCAUCGUCAGGAUCCAGAGAACCAAGACCUGCGCAAAACGCUGUAUCGACAAUCACCAGCAGCAGCCUCGCUUCGUCCACCAAUACUGAAGGAAUAUCAAGCAGCAACAGCGGGAGUGGAAGUGGUAAUGAUGGUACCGGCAGUACUACAAGCAGCAGCAACAAUAGCCGGGACGUGGGGCAACACCGAAAGACCGUGUCCUUGUACUCGGGAGACGGAUCCAGUCAAGGAGAUGUACAGCACAAGAAACACACGGAGACAUCUGCCAAGAAGCCCUCGCGACCCUCGGAGCCCCCAGAUGGCGAAGAGGAUAGAAGGGAUCCGGCCAAAUCGCAAAAGGACAAAGAGUCCUCCAAGGCAAAGGCUGAGUCAUCCACAGACAAACCUCAACAGCGGCCUCAGUCAAAGAACGCUGACGAAGAGGACGAUGGAGCGAGCAGCACUAGCGGGUCGGAAGAUGGCAAGCAGGACAAACAAAAUGCCGAGGCACAGCGAGACCCAAAAGGGGACAAAGAUACAACAAAGUCCUCUCGCGAUGCAAGGCAGAAGGAGCAGACAAAGAAGACAGCCCAGCAAGAGAACAAGAAGGCGGAGGAGAACCGUGUAACUUCCUCAUCAGAACGUUCUUCGCAGCAGCAGUCCACAAGCGAACGCCGUCAGUGUCCAGACGCCACUGCAAGUUCUUCCAACAAUGGUCCCUCAAGUAAGAAUGAAAAUGAAGGCUCUUCCAUUGGAAGGGAUGAUGGUCGAGGAGGGGAAGCCAAAGGUGCUGCAAAUGAAGCGCAAAAAGACGAAGGCGUCAUGAGACCGGCGGGUGCUUCUGGCUGGACCAAUGGUGGCGGGGAAUUCAGCGCACUGUCAUCCUCCAAUGACGGGAGCAGUGACGAUCGACCGUCUAACAAGAGUGAACAGGAUGCCGACGAUAGCAACUCGAGUACUGGGGGAUCAUCAGGUGGGAACAAGGACAAGAAGCCCAAAGCCAAGCCGGCGGCAAAGGCUGCCCCCCAUCAUACGAAGACUGCCCAACAUCACACCAAGCCCGCUGCCGCGAAGAGCUCCCCCAAAGCCGAUGGCAAAGUUGCUGCGGGAGAUGAUCAAGUGGCUGACGACGUUGAAACUAGCAGCUUGAAUAACCCUGCCGCUGCAAGUAGCGCACGGGCUGCUAUUAGCGCCCGAGCUGCUAUUAGCGCUACGGGAAAACCACCCGAGAAGAUUACCGUGCACUACACUAGUCACCACCACGAGGCCGAGGUUGCUUCCGUCGCGACGGCUCCUUCUGCUGCUAGCGUGCACUCCAAGAUAAGUCAGUCCUCGGCAUCUAUGCCACCCGCAAAGGCACAGUUUGCAGCAAAGAAGAAGAAAAAGAUCAAGGUAGCUCGAAAGCCACCUCCAACUACCACUAUCCCUGCUUCUCCUGCCCUGUUGGCUGCAGCAGCUCGUGCCCCGAAGCAGUCCAAGGUACCUUUCUUUGCGGAGGAACCAAUACCUCCCAACGAGACCAAAGAAGAAAAGAAACGGAGAAUGAACCGCAUUACUGCCAAGAAGAAGCGCGCCAGACAAAAGAUCGAAAUAGAAGUCCUCAACGAGCAAUGCACCGAGUUGACCUCUCUUAACCAGACUCUCAAGGCAGAUAACAUGCACUUGGAAAAUGCCCUCGAAAGGGUCAACCGACUUAUUGCCCAAAGUGGGAUCGAGCCUGUCGAACCUGGAUCUCAGCCACCGCAGCCGAUAGGCCCAACAGCCCCCGCUCCCGCUCCGAUUGCAUCCGCACCACAGAGUGUUGCACCGUUGUCGACGAAUGUUGCCACCAACACUCCCCAGGCACCUCCCCAACUUCAGGCGACCACGUCUGUUGCGGCAAAUGCACCUCAGCCGCAGCAACAGCAAGGCUUUACUGUUCAGCAACCACCACCUCAUCAGACCGGUGCCGCGAACAGCAAUUCUCAGCAGGGUCUUGCAGUUGGCGAUGGAGGCAGCAACGCUUUGGCGCAGCUUGUUGCAAGUGGAAAUGGCAACAUGUUGCAGCAGCUACAACAGCUCCUUGCAAGUAGUGGCACGGAUGGAAUCAAUGCUGUACAACAUCUUCUUGCUGGCGGUGGGCCAGUGGCCAACCAGUUGCGACAGCUUAUCCAAGGUAGUCCGUUGGGCGCGGCCAACAACCCAGGAGGGCAAGGCGGUACUGGUACAGCCCAGCAGCCACCACAACAUCAGCAGUUCAAUCAAGCCCAGUCCUCUCAGCCUGCCGCUCAAGCCCAACAGCGGACCAUUUUGAGUUCGCAGCAGCCCGUCGUGCCAUCCCAGCCGCAACCGCAGCAACAUCCGUCAUCACAGAGAGGGAGUUCACAACAUCAGUAUCAACAGCCCCAGCAACAAUUACACCAGUCUUCAUCGCAGCAAGCAUAUGCACAGCCUCAGUAUCAGCAGCCACCCCAACCGCAACAGCAGCCUUCAUCACAGGGACUCAAUGCACAAGCUCAGUAUCAGCAGCAACAUCAGCAGCGGACCGACCAACAACAAGUACAGCAGUCUUCAUCACAUCAAGCGUAUGCCCAGUCCCAGCAUCAGCCUUCUCAGACACUGCCACAGCAACAUUCAUCAGCACGGCCAACAAGUGCACAAACUCAGUAUCAGCAGCAGCAGCAGCAAACGCCUUCGGUGCAACAGCAAAUGAAUGUCCAGCCUCAGUACGAGCAGCAGCAGCAACAAAUCCAGUCUCAACAGGUUGGAGCUGCUCAGCAAGCAAGCGUACAGCUGCAAUCGCAGCAACCACAGAUCGCACAGUCGCAAGCUCAACCAGGGUUUCCGCCUCUCGGUGCAAAUAAUGCUGCUCAUCCAUUAGGAGCCUUGGCAACACAGAUUCAAGGACUCCUGAAUUCUGGGUACUUGAACCAGGAACAGGGACAGCAAUUGUUGAUGGCUGCCAUGACCUGUCAAGGCGGGGUAUCGGCUAUGGCUAUGGGCAAUCUCGGUGGUAACGUCGUUGCCAGUGCAGCUGGUGUCGGCGGGAGCGGCAAUCAGAAUGCCAACGUCCUGAGCAGCAGUUUUCAGGCGCAACAGAGCCAACCUGCUUUCCAGCAAGCACACAUGCCGCAACAGCAGCCACAGUUUGCUAACUCUGCCGUUGUCAGCAUGCAAGGCUCCUCCAUCCCGGCCCAACAGCAAUACAUGAACAAUGGCGCUGGCACCGCCAAUGGCACCAACAUGGCAAGCCAAGCGCAGCAGUUCUUGACUGGCAACAGCCAGCUGGCUCAGCAAGCCCAACAGUUGCUCCUUUCCGGUGGUAUGGUCAAUCAAGGCAUGGGGAAUCCUGGUCCGGGUGGUCCGACGGCUGCAAACGUCAACUUGAGCAGCCAAGCACAGAGUUUGGCGGAUCAAAUCGUGCGAGCGCCGGUGCCACCAACGUGGCACAACUCUUGCAGAGCUUGGGCAGUCCGCAGCAGCCUCCACCGCCUCGCCCUCCGUAAUUCGUCCUUUACGGGCAACAACACAAGAUUUCUCUGCAAGGCGAAACUACGGGUGGUUGCUGUCCUCAACCUUGCUUGAAGGCGCCGCGCAUUUAGCCAUCAAUAUAUAUAUAUAUAUUUAUUAGAUCUGGAUGCCGAAGUGCAUCUAACUCGCAAGCUGAUUGCACCAU